AUGGCCAAUGUGACAGACCAUUUUAGGGGAAGAUUAAUAACAAGUUAUGAUUGUGGUGCCCCGAUCUCACAGGUAAGGGCUAAUCUUGCUGAACGACUUGACAAGGAAGGUCGUCUAAAGGACAUUAUGUGGGUUGAUGCAAGGAGUCGUGUUGCCUUUGAUGACUUUGGGGGGGUAGUAUGCUUUGAUGCUACAUACCUAACCAACUCAUAUGAGCUCCCUUUUGCUAAUUUUGUCGGAGUGAAUCAUCACGGCCAGUCAUUGUUGCUUGGUUGUGCAUUGAUGUCCCAUGAAGAUGCUGAAAGUUUUACAUGGUUGUUUAGGCAGUGGCGCAUAUGCAUGGGGGGUAGAUGUCCUGUUGCUAUCCUAAAUGACCAGGCACCGGCUAUGAGACGUCCUUUGGAAGUAGUAAUGCCUGAAACUCGACAUCGUUGGUGUCUAUGGCAUAUAAUGAACAAAAUCCCAGCCAAGCUCGGUACUCAUACUAGGUAUGCAGAGUUAAAAGAGGUGAUGACAGAGGUGGUGUAUGAGAGCCUAUCCGUAGAGGAGUUUGAGAGUAGGUGGGAUGAUAUGUUAGUUGAAUUUAAUGUUGAAGAGCAUACUAAGAGUAAGGAUUGGCUGGGUGACAUGUUUAAGGACAGGAAGAUGUGGGUGCCUGCGUUUUUAAACAAUUAUUUCUGGGCCGGCAUGAAGACAACGCAGCGGGUAGAGUCAAUAAAUUCGUUUUUCGAUGGUUUUUUGGAGAGAGGCACAAAGUUGUUUGAGUUUCCCAAAAAAUAUUGUGCUGCUAUGAAUAAAAGGUGUAGUGAUGAGAAAAAUGCGGACGCAAAUUGUGCGAAGUAUAUUCGUAAACUGGUUACUGGAUUCCACAUUGAGAGUGUAUUCCAGAAGAUAUACACGGACAACAAGUUUAGAGAUGUGCAGAGAGAAUGUGAGAGGCUUCUCUAUUGUGUUGUGAAGGAGGAGAAACAGAUUUCGGAUAAACACUUUGAAUACUUGAUGGAAGACCGUGUGUGGAUCAUUGUUAAAGGCAAAAGUGAAGAGGUAUUGACGAAAUACAAGAAAUUCUACGUAGUGAAGUUUGGAACGAGUCCAAUGGAAAUAUCUUGUGUAUGUAAGUUGUUCGAGACUAGGGGUAUUCUGUGUAGGCACUGUAUUCGGGUCUUUGAAACAAACUCUGUGGUUAAUAUUCCUGACAAAUACAUCCUUCGGCGAUGGCGGAAGGAUGUGUAUCGGAAGCAUAUGCAUGUUACGGUUGGUUCCUAUGAUCCGACAAAGACGGAAGUUGCUAAAAGGUUUGAUAAGAUAAUGCUUGAAUUUGAACCUAUUUGUGAGGAAGCAAGUGUCGAUGAACAAACUAUGCAGUUUGUUGUGAAUGAAUUGCGAGUGCUAGAAAUCGCGGUUAGGGAACGGGUGAUCAAUAAGGAUGCGUUGGGUUCGGUCGAUGACGGAGUAGAUGGACCUUCAACAGAAGCUAGCGUCGGGAAGUUAAAGGUGUUUAGACACCCAUCCAAUGAAGUGCUUGGGAAUACACCAAAUACGGCGACUAUAUCUGUGGUUUCUGAUGAUGAUCUUCUAUUGAGCCGCAAUAACAUUGGAUGGUGUGAAGGCAGUAGUCACAGUUAG